GCCUCCUCGCUACUCAAAUCACCCCGCUAAUGUCGCCGGGAGGAUCGGCCGUUCUGCACACUCGCAUGAGCAUCGGCUGCGAAUCCCACCCCCGGGUGUAUAUAUACGGACAGGCACGAGGGGACAUCAUGAUCGGUGUGCACGCAGACAUGUGCGUGUAUAUACUUAUCAACCUUGGAAGUACAUACAUAUGUGUGUGUGGGUGGGGGGAGAGGAAGAGACAUUGGAUGAAUAACGAUCGAUGGCUUGGAUGUAGCGAAUGUGUGCAUGUGAAUGCCCGGGCCGUCGUGACCUAUCAAGUCUAUCAAGUAUGUACUCGCGGGAAGUGGGACGGUAGUUGUCGUCCUCUCUCUCCCGCCAUGGAGGAGGUUUUCUUUUCCUACUUCCAAUUGCUAUAGAUGUGUACACGAAGGCUCGUGAGAUGAAGAUGUGGUCGUCAGCAGACCCCACUAUAUUGUAUCCGAAGUCGACUCGUCAUGAAUUUUCCCCGAGCGAAGGAUUCUUCUGACGUGUCGGGUGUCGAUAUGGUGUUGUCCGAUCGAUUGGUCUCAUUCGCAGGACAUUUCUCGAUGUUGUUAUCCCAUGAUGUCAGAAGUCUCCGCGCCGCGAUCCGGGCACAAACAGCGGUGACUACUACAAUUUGUGUGUUUGUCAUUGCGCGGCACAGAAAGCACCGUCUUCAACCAUUCCAAGGUUGGCUGUUGUUGUUGUUGUUCGCAAACGUGCGCAGUGCAUGCGACGAAGGACACCUUGUUGGCGUUUCACAUUGUCAACGGGGGGAGGGGCCAGGUUAUUCAGGCUGUGCGCAUGCAUGUGUGUCUUCCAUAGCCCGUCUGCACGCCUCCUUUCCUUCAUUAAUAUCUCCGUCGCCUUCCCUGACGACGGAUCCGACCGGUGCAGUAGCUGGGGAUCAUCCCGUCCUGCGCAGCCAUGUGUUCGAAGCUCUCUGGUCGCAUGGGCAGGGCGUGGUUAUGCUCGUGGCUUAUCAGAAAGGCGGAGAUGCACGAGAGGUUGGCGCUUGCGGCGUGGUUUUGAUGGAUUGGAGGGCGCUGCGCCGCCGAAGACGUGCCUGCUUACCUGCCUGCCUUAGGCUGACGGAGGGCCCAACGAAGCCCAACAAGGCCCCCGCAAACCUCUCUCCUGCAUGCUCAUGAAGGAUAAUCGUGAUUGAAAAUGAUGGACCAUCGAUGACGGUGAUGCACUCCGAGUCAUCUCCACAGCGAACGGGCUGUAAGCUGACAUCCACGGGUCCCUCGGAGGCAUUCUAGGGCCACCCGUGAGGAUGAAGGCGGGUCGCUACACUGACGUGAGGGGCACGGGAGGAUACAGCGAUGCUGCAGCAUGAUGAGUACACUGGCGAGAGAUCACGGUGAGCCAUGAUCGAUCAUCGCGUGAGCAUCAUUCCGUCUAACGGGCAGUCCGUCACACCGUCUAUGAGCUGAUGUCCAAGCCAGUCUGCCGGUGUGUAUGGUUCCUGCCUCACGAGUCAUUCGUCGUCGUCAUCUCAGCCAGCCUCUCGAGGGGCGAGCCUUUCAGCUUAUGAGGACAAUCGGUGUUGACGCCGCCGAGCCUUCACUUCGGUACAUGACCGAAUCCGGUCAAAUCUGCGUGCGGAAGAUGACACAG